AUUCGCACUGUGCGGUGAAGUCCUGUGGUUGGAGGUGAAUAAAUGCCAUGCGGCCCGGGACCUUGCUGCUCUGUUUCUCCUCCGCCACUCGCUGCUGCAGUGCCCUGGAUGCUCUGAGCGACGCUGCAGGCGGUGCCCUCGUCUUCCAGUCCGUCUCCACCGAUGUCUACAGGAACCUGGCGGCCGAGGAUUGGCUCCACCAGAACCUGCAGCCUGCCCAGGAGGCUCUGCUCCUCUGGAGGAACUCGCCGGCUGUGGUCAUCGGCCGUCACCAGAACCCCUGGCAGGAGUGUGACCUGCGGCUGAUGAGGGAGAGGGGCAUCAAGCUGAGCAGGAGGAAGAGCGGAGGAGGAUCAGUCUACCACGACCUGGGCAACUUCAACAUGACCUUCUUCACCUCCAGGCAGGCCUACGACAGACGCCGCAACCUGGAGACGGUGCUGGCAGCCCUCAAGAGGCUGCGUCCCAGCCUGGACGUCUCGGCCACAGACAGGCACGACCUGCUGCUGUCCGGGGCCUUCAAGGUCUCGGGCACGGCCGCCAAGAUCGGCAGGACAUCCGCCUAUCACCACUGUACCCUGCUCUGCCGCUCGGACAGGACAGCGCUGUCCUCCGCCCUCCGCAGCCCGUACUGGGGGAUUCGGAGUAACGCCACGCCCAGCGUGCCCGCCACCGUCAAAAACCUCUGUGAGGAGGAUCCCACUCUGACCUGCGAUGUUGUGAUGGGCGCCGUGGCGGAGGAAUAUACCCGGUGUCAUGGCCAGCCGAAUCGCGUCCUCCUCAUCGACCCCGACAACCACUUGACGUUGCCGGGAGUCAACAAAUGCGCCGAGGAGCUGAGGAGCUGGGAGUGGGUGUACGGAAAAACGCCCAAGUUCAGCGUCAGCCAUUGCUUCACUGUGGACUACAACCUGUCCCGGGCAGAGGUGAAGUUAAACAUGGUCGUCAAUCGUGGCAGUAUCGAGAGCUGUAACAUCGAGAUGCUCUCCGACUGGCUCCCUGCAGAGCUGUGCCAUCAGCUCGCAUCGAACCUCAUCGGAGCCAGGUUCUGCCCGACUGAAACGACGGUGCUGGCGAGCGCACAUCUUAGGGCUUGGCCCCGGCAGGACGAUGAGCUGCAGAACAGGUGGAAUGCGUUUUGUGAAAAAGUCAAAGCAAUUAUGUGACGUUUUAUCCCCUACGAGAUUUUCUAAUAAAAAAAAACUUACCGUUU